UGGGAGAUGUGAACAGCGUCGUGCAGCAAUGCCGUGGUUUUUGUCGCCAUCGUUUACGUUGGACGGGUCGUCCGUAGACGUGCCGAACUCUACAUCCACGUGAAAUCAUGUCGUAAACGGCUUGUUGUCGUGUAAACUUGUCCGUCGUGUUACCGUUUGUAACUUCACUCAACUUGUUACCUAGUGACAAGCCGUCACGGCCGCUACCGCGGUUCGGCUUCCCGGAGUGUGUAUGCGCCUGUGCUAUCGCGUUGCUUAUGGUUUAAGUGGUUAAAUGAGCUCAGGUAAAGUUGUACUGCAGUCAAAUUUGGAAGUUGUUGGUUUUUUUUUGUUCACCACAAAAGAAUCUGUACCACUAAACCUAUUUCUUUUACGCCACUCUCGAUGCAGAUGCAGACCGUUAUGCGCCAGGGCAGCUGGAGCAACGCCUCCACUGGCUGUAGUGUUCCAGUGGUGGUGGUGUGCCUCUGUGCCCUGCUCUUCGCCAAUGUUUUGAUCUACCUGUAUCUGGAUUCUGUGUAUCAGAAGGACGUGCACCCCAUGUCUUCCCAUGUGGGCUGUCCACCCAAACACUUCAAACUAGCUGCCAUGAAACACUGCUCGCCCUUGCUGCAAUGUCCGCAGAUCAGCGCGGAGGUGCGCAAGUUGAAGCUUGUUGGCCAGGGAGCAGUGAAGCAGGUGUACCUGUCCGAGUGGAGGGGUCAGAAGGUCGCCCUCUCAAAGUUGUCUUCUCCAGAGUACCUUGAGGACUUCCUUCAUGGACUGUCAAUGUUGCAGGCUUUGCAGGGGGCCCAGGUGGUGCAGCUAGUUGGGUCUUGCCCUGAGGAGCACAGCUUUGUCACUGAAUACCACCCGCUAGGCUCCUUGCUGAACCUGGACAGUGUGCUGGGGCAAGAGCGACACCAACACCAGAACACCUUGCAGCUGCGCCUGAGGCUAGCGGUGGAGUAUGUCUCUGCCCUCCACUACCUCCACAAUAGCCCCACAGGUCGUCGUGUCAUGUGUGACUCCAACAGCCUGGAGAAGACCCUGUCCCAGUUCCUGCUGACCAGUGACUUUCACCUAGUGGUUAACGAUCUGGACGCCCUGCCUGAGGUGGACAUAUCAAAAGGCCUGAUGGCUAAGUGUGGCCACAGGGAGCUCACAGGGGAAUUCAUUGCACCGGAGCAGCUCUGGCCAUUCAGCUUCAACGGCCUGGCGUUUUCAGAUGAGCUGAUGCCUGGGUAUGAUGAGAAGACAGAUAUCUGGAAGAUCCCAGAUGUGACACAUUAUCUGAUGGGAAGGGUGCCUGGGAGCGAUGUGGUCCACUUUCACCUUUUUCAGAUCCACAAGCAGUGUAAAAGGAGAGAUCCUCUGCUUCGCCCUUCGGCUCUGGAUGUUUUGAAGAUGUAUAAAUCUGUCUAUGUGGACGUGGUACGAGAACAAUCCAGAGAUAUGCUCUAGAUUAAGGACCUACCCCUUUAAACGUUACUAGUAAUGUUAAUAUUACAAAACAAUGUUGUGAAUAGACAACAAAAGUGAAAAGGAGUUUGUUGUUUUGAAUUUGCUUACCUUAACCAUGAAUGAAAAAAAUCAAACAUUAAGUUAGAUUUUUUUUUAAGUUGAAAAACUUUGCAUGGAAGACAGGUAAGAGUAUUUUAUGAAUAUUAACAUGAUGUCAGCAGAUGAUGUCAACCCUUCAUUAAUCAUCGAUCAUUAUUUGCUCCAUCUACUAUAUCACUGAAAUUUGAGAAUACAAAUUUGAUUUAGAAGCACUUCACAGUCACGUUAACUGAUCUAUUCCAAUAUAGUCACCGACUUGAGUCCAAAUAUAUUUGUAAUUUCUUUCAGACAAGAGGAAACCCACCGUCUUUAAAUGUCAUGGGUGCUAAGCUAAACAACAGAUGUGUAAACAAGGCCGUAAGCACAUUUCAAAACAUUCAAAUCUCAAAUCUUGAUAUUAAAUGAUAAUGUGUUGUGAAAAAUUUCUGUCACUGAAUUCAAAUUCACAAAAGCUGUUUACUGUAGGACCUUCCUGUGAGCAUUAACACCUUUUCACUGGAUCUUAGAUGCUUUCUGCAUAAUCUGAAGAAUGUUGUAACUGAAUAUGUUGAGACCGAGCUACAUGCUUCAGUGAUCAAGGUCCAACCAGGAUACAGGAUUUGUCCAAAGAGGAGAAACCAAAGUGAUUGUUUGUUUACCAUAAUGCUAUUAUUAUGAGCCUACACUAUGGUGGUAUUCAUGCACAAUACAAGGUUUUGCAACUGUAGUGGAUUUUACAUAAAAAAAGAAGUCAUAAAACUUUACAAUUAAAUUGGCCUAAUUUGCCAAAAUAUUAGCUUUCGAUAUAACCUCAUAGUUCAGUGAAAAUUUGUUUUUUUGUUUUUUUUUAUCCAAGAUAACUUGUAUGAUGAUCUUAGUGAUCAUGUAGUUGGAUGUAAAGUUUUGCAUAUCAGAACAGAGGUAGUCCUUUUUAUUAACACAGUCCAUGUGAUCCAAUACACAAGACCUUUGGCAUUACUCAUUUUUCAACUCUUUUUAAGCCCGAGUUGUCAGAUGGUGGCGAAGCUUUUGAAAAUAAAACAUUGAUAUAGAUAAAAGCUCCUUAGCCUUCAAGAGCC